AAACAAUAAGAACCACCUGCAACAUAAAAAACGAUUCAUCAAAAUGGCGGUACCUCUAGCCUCACGAAAGUGCGAUUUGCUUUAUCUUUUGUUCUUUGCAAUUCACAUUCCAAUCAUGUUCCUUGUCGACUUGGCCCCAUUUUAUCCUGAUUCUUUCAGACCGCAAGUUAUUACAGCCAUCCGAGAGUGGUACAUAAAGACCUAUCGUGACCAAUUCUUUUCAUCUCCACCUGCAUGGUUCAACGCAUAUCUUUUGCUCGAAGCCCUUUAUCAUUUGCCCUUGAGCAUAUGGGCUAUCGGGGCCCUCAAACGAGAUGACCCUAAAAUUCCUCUCCAUCUGCUGAUAUUUGCCCUGGAGGCUGGCAUGACCACUAUGACUUGCAUAGCGGACUAUUUGAGCUGGGAUAUUUCGCGUCAGGAGAAGAUUGAUUUGGGAUUUCUUUACGUGCCGUAUUUGGCAUUAGCUGUCUUCAUGGGCAUUGAUAUGUUUUGCCGGCUCAAUUCCCAAAUAAACAGCCGUGUGCAAAAGGACAAGAAGCAGGUGUAGAAUAUAAAGGCUACGGAUUAAGUAUCGUGUCGAGGAAGGGAAAGCAUAAUACCUAGGUAGGUAGCUAGAUGAUUGUAUGAAAACUGGAAUAGAUGCGGAAGGCAUUAGUUUGCGGAGCGUAGAAAGGGAAGGAGAAUUGUGUGUAGAGAGGUUCGUGAGGAUUUGAACAUAUUCAUAACUCGCAUUGCGUCGACAGCACAUGUUUUGGUGAAAUAAUCCAUGUUUUGGGCUAUCGUUGCAGGUGCUUGUUGGCGGUGGGGUUCGAGUGACGAUCAGAGCUCUAUCAACACUAGUGACAGUGGCUGGCC